CCUCGAGGAGGGAACGGGGAGCCGGCUGGCUCGCGCGGGGCCCGGACGGGCUGGCGGACGGAUCCGCCCCGUCCUCCCUGAGUGACAGCCCCAUGUGCGGCCGGCUAUAAAUAGCGGGGUCGCGGCCCGCCCUAGGUGAUUGACGGCCGCCGCGCUACCUCGACGCGGACUGGGAGCCGCCCGGGACCCCCGCGCGCCCCGCCACCAGCUCCCCACUUUUCCGUCUGGGAGACAGCGAGCGCCGCUCUGCGCUGCGGGGCAAAUGGGCUCCAGGCGGAGGCCUCUGGGCCGCUCCUACUCGGGCAACGGCCCUUACACGGCGUACAGCGCCGGGCAGGGCAGCGACGGCGAGGACAACGGGCCCCUGGUGGAGCAUCGGCCCGAGCGGCGCAACUACUUGCUCAGCGUGCGCCCAGAGAGCAGGAGCACCUUCUGUGCCAUCAUUGCUCAGCUGACCGAGGAGACUCAGCCCCUCUUUCAAACCACUCUCAAAUCAUUCGCUGUGUCCGAAAAUGCGGAUGCCAAGUUCACUUGCAUUGUGAUGGGUUACCCACAGCCGGAAGUGACCUGGUACAAAAACGAUGAAGAGAUGGACAGAUACUGUGGCUUGCCAAAGUACGAGAUCUUCCGUCAUGGGAACCGGCACACACUGCAAUUGUACAAGUGCAGAGAGGAAGAUGCCGCCAUUUACCAGGCCUCGGCUAGAAACAACAAGGGCAUUGUGUCCUGUUCAGGGGUCUUGGAGGUUGGAACCAUGACCGAAUUCAGAAUCCACCAGCGGUGGUUCGCCAAGCUCAAGCGGAACGCCGAAGUCAAGCUGCGCGAGAUAGAGCAGAGCAGAAAGCGAGGGAAGGAGAAUGUAGAACUGGUACUGUUGAGGAGAGUGAGCCCGGACAGGUUCCAGCGGAAGCGCCGGCUGACGGGGGAAGUAGGGAUGCGCUCAGGUGCCUCCCUCUGGGACAAGGAGGAGGUGUCCAAGGUGCGCAUUCCGGAUGGGAAACCACGAUUGGGAGAGGAUGAGAAGGCCAAGAGCAAAGAGAUGUCUUUAAAUGUCGACACCCUGUUCUCAAAUAACUUCAUUGCGGGGCAUCUAGAAGCAGAAGUGGCCACCAACGGGGACUCUUCUCUUGAGAGCGGGGAGGAAAACGGGGAAGGCAAUGCCAAUGGCUUUCUUAACUAUAUCUGUGAGACGGUGGAGAUUAUUAAAGCGAGGCCUGCUGGAAGCAAGGAGUUUUCCGCAAAGAAGAAGAAGAAAGAAGAGAACGCCCUGCCAAAUGCAACACAGAAUGUUUCCAGACAAGAGGACAAGACGCAGCCGAGGAGAACUAUCUCAGCACAGAAGGAUGCUGCACCCAGCGCCUUGGCCCAUACCACCACAUCUUCUGCAGCGAACAAGGGGCGAAUGGAGGUGGAGCCCAGAGAACGUCCCAGCCGGGUAAGAGAAAAGCCCACCUCGACGCCACGUACGACUCCUCCUAAAGGAGACAUCUACUUUUCUCUGAAAGAUAUGUAUUUUGAUAUGGGAGUGAAAUCUGAUGCUGAAAAGAAGGUGCCGGAAGACAAGGCAGGUGGGGCUGAUAUGAACCAGACAAGUGCGCAGCGAGCUUCCAUUCUGGAAGAGAAGCUCCCAGCAGCGCGUACAGCUCUGAAAAGGACUAAACUGGAGGAAGGGCGAAAGGAGCCACGUGAAGUAAAGAAAGGAGAGAGGAAAGGGGCCAUAGAGGCGAAGGACACCAAAACGACGACCGCCAUUGAAGCAGCUGGGGAUAUUAAUGCUCCAUUGUUCCAGUAUCCUAACCGAUCGGCAGAGGCCGUGAGACAGGCGCAGGGUUCCCUUCGGAUGGGAAAUGCGGCAGAGAUUCCCGACCAACAUGCCUUAGAAACAGAUUUCCAGCAUUCUAGCCAGACCUCAGAGACUGGCGUCGGGGCACGGACUCCCCUUUCGAAGGAAAUCGCUGCAGAGAUUUCAAAGGAUGCUGGCAUGAAAAUCCGUGAAACUGACUUGCUGGACUCGCUCCCCACCGAAGUUGAGGCAGCGCCGCCACCCCAGAAGCCAGUGGUUGUGGAUUCAUCUACACGGUUGCAGGAAGCGGUGAGAGACUUGCAGGAGGCCUCCUUGGAAGAGCAGCUGCACCGCCAAGGGCCUUGUGAGGCCCCAGAAAACUUAAAGCCGGCCUUGCCUGCUGCUUGUGGUCUGCAAACUCCAGAUACACAUCUUAGAGAAGAAACAAGCCAGGAAGCCAGCGACUUUGCAAGAAGGAAAGGUGUCCCUGGAGAGCCAGAGACCAAAUGGUCUGAAGAGCAAGCUGGCCCUAGCCCAGAAGUCCAAGAGCCAAGCCAGGAAGACAUCCGAUACACCCCAGCAACUUCCCAGAAUCCCCCAGCUGGCUGCUAUGGCAUCACACCUCCAAUUGCGAAGGAGCGUCUGGUUUUGAAAGAGGAGGUAGGGAGGCAUUCCGCACGUUUUGGAAGUGGUACAGUCAAACACAGACCAGCUCCAAGUCACAAGAGUAUAGAUCUGGCUGCGCCAGGGUUAUUGACUGAGGAAUCUAGUCUUAAGACUAGACCUGCAGUAGUCUUGGGCAAAGGUGCCUCUCAGGCUGAAACUGUGAGCAAAGAAAAGCAAGUGGGGGACCAUAGGCCUGGUCUUAAAAUGGAUGUGGGGCUUGAAAGUGAGAGGCUGCCAGUGGUGACAGCAAGACCAUUAUCGGUCCCUGAAGCUGCUGUAGAAGCCCCAGGUUCUUAUGAAAGCAUUCCGGAGACUCCUCCAAUUCCGGCACUUUCUGAACCCCGAGAAUCAGCUCCACUUUCUCUAGUUGAAGAAGGCCUUGCCGAGAGGGACCAAUCUGUGGUCCAUUUGCUGAAGGAUGUGAAGAGAGAAAUAGAAAGUUGGCCGCCAGAUAGGUCAGCAGCUUCAGAAUCGGAGCAACAGCAAGUCAGCAACACUGUUGCGGAGGAGAUCUGCAGCCAGGAAAAACCUCCGACCCCUCCCCGGGUUGAGGAAAACGAGCAGGAGGCUUUCAGCCCGGGCAAGAAGCUUGAUGUUGGGACAACGGAAAGGGAGAGAUCAGCAUCUGAGGCACCUCUAAUCCAGGAUACUCCCCAGCCAGAGACCGCAAUGGAGGAGGAUCAAACCCCAGAGAAGGCGCAGCACAAAAACUUGGUGUCUUCCCUGAAAAAUUAUUUGCUUCUGCUCUUAAAGAUAACCUCAGACACUGACAAAAGCAAAGGCAGCAAGAAGCGAGAAGCCAAGGCUGCGGAGGAACAGAGCCCACCUACUGCCAUUCCGAGGCAUCUGCCGGAUGUCGGCAUAGCUGGGUUAACCCCCAGGACAUCAAGGAAGAUCUUUGAGCGGGUCGAAACUGACCAGCUCUUCCAAAGUGCGGAGAGUCUGCAGCUGACUCCCAAGACUUCUCGGAGGCUCACGGGGAUGAUCAACCAGGAGCUGCUUGCUUGCCAAGAGAGCUUGGCGGCUGAACCGGAGGCCCCUCUGCUGCCCUGUGUGCCCUCAAUCGUGGUGGGGAGCCCCUCUGGUGAGCUGGCAGGUCUCCCGGAUAUGUCUCUGGAGGUUUCCAGCGAGGCACUGUCGGCACUGCCUAGCGCCACCCCUCAGGAACUGGCGUCUGGGGCACGCCGUAAAAUAUUUCUGCCCAAAGCCAAACAGGCCGACGAGUUGGACGGGGUGGCCCCAGAUGACCAGAUGCGGGCCAAAAGGGACAGCCCCACUGUGUCCCCACAGCAGAGCCGCAAGAACGCGGCACUCUUGCAGACCCCAGCCCCGGCUUCUCCUCCUGUGGAGAGGCACUCCCCUACCCUUGCCAGAAAGAUGGCGACAUUAGAAGUGCCCAAGAUAUAUGAGGAACCAGCUGAAGAAAGCAAGAAUGUGACAGACAGCUCUCUGGGAACCCCGGAGAGGUUAGAAGAAGCCACGCCAGAAGUGCAAGCUGGGGAAUUUCAGAAAGCAAAUGACCCAUUUAAAGCCCCUCAGGUGAUUCGCAAGAUCCGAGCCGAGCAGUUCUCAGACGCCUCGGGAAACCUGAAGCUCUGGUGCCAGUUCUUCAACAUUUUGAGUGAUUCAAAACUGACCUGGUACAAGGAUGAGGUUCCUGUUGCAGAUGCCAAAAGGAGCUCCGGCGAUGAAGGGCAGGCAGCCCUGGCCAUUGUGCAGGUCUCCCUGAAGGACCGCGGGGUCUAUCAGUGCACCAUCCAGAACGACUAUGGCACCGACUCCACUGACUUCCUGCUGAGCGCUGAAGUGCUAUCAGGAUUUAUCUCCAAAGAAGAAAUAGAAGUUGGUGAGGAGAUUGAGAUGACGCCCAUGGUGUUUGCCAAAGGCCUGGCUGACUCUGGCUUCUGGGGGGAUAAGCUCUUUGGCCGGAUCAUGAUGGAGGACCUGGAGGUGGGCCAAGGUUUUCUGCGCAAGGCGUGCCGUGCCCGUGCCAUCUACGGCCUCGAACCAGUCUUUGAGUCUGGGCACACGGGCAUCAUCAAGGUCCGCAACCUCAUUGCCUUUGGCGGGCGCAGUGAGAGCACGCUGGUGGAGAGGAACUAUGACAUCACCAUCCAGGAGUGUAAGAUCCAGAAUUCGAGCCGGGAAUACUGUAAGAUCUUUGCUGCGGAGGCCAGAGCCAUCCCUGCCUUUGGGCCAGUGCCUGAAAUCAUCCCUCUUUACCUGAUCUACCGCCCAGCAAACAAUAUUCCCUAUGCAACCAUGGAGGAGGACCUGCCCGGCCUGCUUGAGCACUACUGCAGCCGAGGACGAAACGGCAGCCUGACUCCAGCCAACCCCUCUGAGGUUGGGCAAAAGUGUUGUGCCUUCCAGCACUGGCUAUACCUGUGGACAAAUGGCAACAUCCUAGUGACAGACUUAGAAGGUGUUGGGUGGAAAGUCACCAAUGUGAGGAUUGCUACCAAAACGAAGGGGUACCAAGGCCUGAAGGAGAGCUGCUGCCCCAGCCUGAUUGACCACUUUGCCGCCUCUCACCAGUGUAACCGCUUCUGCGAUCUCUUGGGCCUGAAGAGCAUUGAAAUCCCCCAGCCUCCGACUAAAGGCAAGGGCUCUCGGAGCCCCAUCACGGGCAGGAAGACCCCAUCAGCCCAGUCCAGCCCCCAGCUUCAGAAGAAAGGCCUGACUAGCCCCCAGGCCUCCAGGAAAGGUUCUGUGAGCCCCAAGAGUGCCCGGAAAUGCCCAGAAAGUGCUGGAGAGUUGCAGUCAGUAGCAAGGCCCAAAGGAGGGGACAGUGGCAAGGCUGGCCGGCUGCAGUGAUUGGACGCAGGGAGCUCCUGCUGGCAUGCGUUGCGUGUGUCUGGGGGAAGGGAUGCUGCUGCCUCUGGCAUGCCCUCCAGAGUGGCUCCUUCCCUCCCAUGUGUGAGGCCUGUGUGUGGUGUGUGAGGGAGGGAGCCAUGCUGUUGUGCCUUGGAGAGAGGGCCUGCCUAUGCAGUGCUCUCUGGGUGGCUUUGGAAAGGAUCAGGGAAAUGACGGACUGUGUGGAAGUAGCAGCUUGUUCCCUGCCAGCCUCGGGAACAGGGAUAUCUGUGUACCUACAGUACCACCACCCCCAACCACCAGGGGGCAGGAGUCCUCCUCGUGUGCAUUUGAUGUCUCUGCUGUCUGGGGUAGAUGUACUAUGGCCACGGGCUGCUCCUGUGCUCCUAAUAAAGCACAGUCUAAGGCAGGGGCUAAACACCUUGGUAGUUGGAGCCCUAACUGGUAUGACGGUCGAGGCCUGUGUUCUGUUUGGCUCCAAUGAAGGCCCUGUCCAUUUGACUCUGACACUGUGCACUUCCCCACCUUAGACCCAUCACUCAAUGCUUUGCCUGGGAUUGAGUGGGCCGUCACCACAGUGAGCCCUUUUGACACCCAGUCCGUUCAGCCCACCCUAUUGAUCUCCCAUACGGCAGAAAAGAGCAAAUGGUUUCUCCUCCACCCCCUUAGUGGAAGAAGUAUAUUUCUUGAUGGGGCUGUACCAGAGGUGGAUGUGGUGGUGACUGCUUUGCCUGCCUUUGCCCUUAGGGCAAUUAAAAUGGCAAGCUGUUUCAUGGCUGCUGCGUUUAGAACAGAUCAGGAAAUGGGGGGGGGGUGUUCCCUGAGGUUAGAUCAGAUAUUGGGAACCUGCAGCCUUCCAGAUGUCAUUGAACACCAACUCUCAUCUCUGACCAUUGGCCAUGCUGGCUAGGGCUGAUGAGAACUGGAGUCCGACAACAGCUGAAAAGCCGCAAGCUUUGCCUCUCCCAAUAGUGCCGCAAAUAGCUCAUUGGGCAUCACGUGCUUUCCAUGCUGAAGAGCCCAGUGCAGUCCUGAUUGUCUCCAGGUACAAUAGAUCUGACCCCCUAGGCACUGCAGUCAGUCACAUGGCUGGGCUCAACAAAUAAGGUGAUUUCAUAUCUUCGUAAGCUUCUAAUGACCCCCACCAGCAACAUCCCACUUCUGUCAUUGUGCUGUGUCUGCUGUCUAGCUACUCCCCCUGACAAUGUGGCUAGAUUACAACUUCCAUCAUCCCUCACUAUUGGCCAUGCAGGCUGGGGCUGAUGGGAGCUGGAGUCCCAACAACAUCUGGAAGGCACUUGUUGGCUACCUCUAUUAAGACAGAAAUGGCCCUUCCUUAAAAAGAAAUAUUGAAAUAUUCCCUACUAACCCCCCCUACACAUAAUAGCCAGCCUGCUCCCAAUAUUUCCUUUAUGUUACAUGUCAACCCUUCCCCAUUACUAAGACUCACCUGUAGCACUGGGUGCUCCCAGCUGACCAGCACAUCAGUUAUCACUGCCCCCCUCCUUUUUCCUCCAGUACUGUGCAGCUGUUCUAUCCAGGUUUGCUCCAAGCUCAGUGAGUGAGAGUUGGAUGGAAGGGGCAAAUCAGAAACAAGACCCUUGGAGCAGUAAACUCAAAGCAUUCAGGAUUACACACAGAAUCUCGGUGCCACAGGCCAGCCUUUCACUCACCUUAGACUAUAAUCAACUGAGGUCUGAUGAGGUCAGGUGGAUGCCAGGCUCCAUCUCUUUAUUCAGACUAGUAAAUAAUAUAUUUGCCUUCCCUUCAUAAUAAUAAGCCUAGUCUGAGACUUUACUUAGGAGCAAGGAAGACACCCUGGAGUGAUAUGAUAGGAGGGCCGGAGUUACUAGAGACACAGCAGUUGGUUCUGCCUAGGAUUGCCUUUGCAGGUUGGCACAUUGUGCAUUUCCAGACUUUUACUAAAAAUUUGGCACAAAUAUUCCUGCUCUGUCCAGGAAUGUAUACAUAAGUGGAUUAAUGCUUGUUGGUGGCAGAAGGAAAAGAAUGAUAUUAGUCAUCGUUGUGCAGAAGACUCUGGCCUAUGGGUCAUGCAACAAGAGCGUAGAACCUCAUUUUACACUCAUCAAAGGGUCCACUGAAGCUGUGAUCUUGGCAUCAAAGGGCCAAAUCCUGCUUCCUGUGCAGGAACUGCCCUAUGAGACUUCUUGCCUGGCACAACAGCUUAGAGUGGACAUUCUGGAGAGAUGGACUGGAUGGGAUGUACUAGGUUUGUGGCCCAAGAGAUGCUGAUCAAAUAUGAAGAGAGCAGGGAAGUACUUCACUCAUGGAAGCAGCUGAGAGCUACCUGUUGAAUUUCUGGGUAUGCAUACGUGAGUCUUUUAUGAUUUGUCCCUUUUCCAAGCUUUUUGUAAAACUCUGGAAAUUAAGCCUGAGAAUAUCCAUCUUCCCUGGAAAAGCAUGGAUGAAUCUGCUAGCUAUUUUUGAAGGCCUAAUUAUGCAAUCUGAUUGCCAUUAGAAGUAAAUAGGCUACACAGAAGUAAAUCCCAUUAAUACAGUGGUGCUUACUCCCAGGUAAGUGUACAUAGGAUGCACCCUGAGGCUGCAGCUCCUAUCCCCACUUAACCUGAGAGCAUGCUCUAUUGAAUUCUAUGGAAACCCCUUCAGAGUAGACACGUAUAGGAUGACACUGUAAGUCACUAAUAGAAGGGUAGCGCUAGUUGGUUCAUAGAAACCAAAGCCAUGGAAAUAAAAACAUCCCCUUCUGCUUGACUGAAGAGCAGAAAAUAUUUUUUGGCUGAAUAGUCUAUCAGAAAAGACAGGCAAUUGCUGGGAAAUCUCUCUGCUCUAAAGCCUUGUAUGAAUGCAUGAGCAAACUUCCUGCCUGUCCGGCUUUUCAUAUGUGACAAAACAAAAAAGCAAACAGUACUUAUGUAGACCAUCUCGGAAAGGAGUAACCUCCUGCUCACAUUGGACAUGGGCAAUGUGCCCUGGAAACACACUGGGUGUUUUUACGUAUGCUUUAUGCAUCUUUAAACCCUUUGCAUCCAUUCUCCCCCUUUGCUCUUAUGUUUGAAGUUGGUAUUUUGUCCUUAGUAGUCAAGAUCCACAUUGCAAUUUUACACAGACACAAAAAAGACAAUGCACAUUUUUUUCAGUAUAAAAACGACUUUGUUUCUGUGUUGUUCAAGCAAGAUGUCCUUUUGCACUGUCCACCUGAGCAGUUAUGGAUUGGCACAGGCUGUGGCAUUAUAGUGACCACAACACUGCUGGAGAUAUGUCACUGAAGUGCCGAAAUCCACACUUUCCCAAAUGCCAGAAAACGAAAGCGAACCAUUUGUUGCAGUUGAAGUGCUAUGAAACAGAGAGAGAGAGAGAAAGUAUAAGAAAAUGACAGCAUUAAAAUUGCUGUCCCCUGGCAUCAAUAUGGCCCUCUAAUCUUACUGGGCUGUGAUCACAAUCAUGUAGCUUUUUUUUUUUUUUGACAAAAGGAACUUGGCCUGUCUAUCUGCUCCCCCACACACCCUGCUAGAUGUGGAUGACUUUGCCUGCUAUUCCCAGUGAAAGCUUUAAUACCAUUGUCCUGUUGGUCUGAAGUACUUGGGGAAGUCCAUUGUGCUGUUCUAAUUAAGAAGUGCUGAAAUAAGGAAAGCAAAGGGAAAAUGCUGUUGGAGGGAGCAACCUGCAUUGUCACUAUGGUGUCAUGCACCAUGUGACUUUGCUGUGAAUUCUGGGAUAUGUGUAGUGCAAUCCUAUCUAUGACUCCUUGGAAGUAAGUCCCACUUACCCCUUUUCUCUUGUCAUUGGCCAUCUAUUGUCAUUUGGGGAAAGGGCCGUAGCUAAGUGAUAGAGCACAUGCUUUACAUGCAAAAGGUCCCAGGUUCAAUUCCUGCCAUCUCCAGGUAGGGCUGGGAAGGAUUCCUGUCUUAUAUUCUGGAGGCCCACUGCCAAUCAGUGUGGACCAGGGAUAAGGAAACUUUAGCCCUCAUGUUGUUGGACUAUAGGUAUAUGUUUGCUGAAUCUUUCUAAACAGCCAGCAAUUCAGGAUACCCAAUAAAUGUUUUUCAAGGAAAAUGGGUGCUAUCUGCUGGUCACUCUCAUCUUCAUGGUAAAGAACUUAAGAGAACUUGAAAUGGCCUCCUUUUUGCCUCAAAUCAUAGACUGUGGCAGCCUUUCCCAACCAGUGUGCCUCCAGAUGUUGUUGGACCACAACUCCCAUCAGCCUCAGCCAGCAUUGCCAAUGGUCAGGAAGAUUGGAGUUGUGGUCCAACAACAUCUGGAGGCACACUGGUUGGGAAACACUGGACUAUGGUGUCAAAACAGAAUAUGAUAUUGCACAGAUCCUUGAGGAGAUUAGCUCAUAACUGCAAACAAAUGCAGAGUUGGCCAUGAAAAGCUUAGAAAAUAGCAUUUUUUUUAAAAAAAGUGCUCUCUACCUUGUGCUGGAUGGCAACAGGCAAGCAGACCUGCUUCUCCUGCCUCCAUUACUUUUGCAGUUUCCAGUGGUGGCAAUCCAGUUGAUUAGGCUGACAUCCAGCCAGAGAGCCCAUAGCUCAAUGGCAAAGCACAUACUUUGAAUGCCAAAGGGCCCAGGCUCAAUUCCUGGCAUCUCUAGUUAAAAGGAUCAGGGAGCAAGAAAUGAGAGAAGAUCUUGCUCUAUCCAAGACUCCUGAGAGCUGCUGUCAGUAAGUGUAGACAAUACUGGUUUUGAUGGACCAGUAGUCUGAUGUUGUAAUACACUUUCCUAUUAUCGGAAAAUUCUAUAAUCUCAUGUUUGCCAUUUAUUAGUGGCCCUAGUUCCCAUUCAGUUCCAUUGUAAAGUGAUAGUACAUCUAUGGUGGGGAGAAAAGGCCACUGCUCAUUUUUCCCAACCCACACCAGCCCAGCAUCUAUGCUAGGGCUACUGCUUCUGUCAGAGGAUGUGUCUUAUUAGCUCUUUAGCAGCUGGAACAUUUGUGCAGGACAUCUACUUAUAAUCCAUAAUAAGUGGGGGCUCAGACCAGGCUGGUUUACAUGGUGAUACAGAUGGUUUAAGUUGCAAAGAAAGAGCUUCAGUGAGAUUUAGACCUGUCACAAAAACAUUCAACUGAGAACUGUGUCCAGAAUUAGGCUGAGAGCUGUUCACCUGGAAAUAGAUUCCCAGGAGACUGGGAACCCAGAGCUCUGCUUUCCUUAACUUUGGUUCCAUUAAAAUUGUUAUAUCUUCUCUAUUGUACAAAUAAUUUUAACAAAAACAAAGAAAGUACAACCCAAGCCUCCAGAGCCCCUGAACAGAAUUUCCUAAAACUGAUCCCCACUGGAAGCUUUAAACUUGUUGCAUUAUGUAGUCUUUAAGGUACUCCAGAGGUGUCCUUACUGGGAGUCCCCACUCCUCCUCUGAGGAUCUGCUUCUUUCUCCGCAGAACUAGCUGCCGCUUUCCUUGAUACUACAGUAUGUUGGUCUACAGGAUGACCCUGAGUAUUGUGGUGGACUCUGUUUUCUGUCUCUAUGAAUUACUUGGCCACCUUGCAUAGCCACUUCAUAUGACCUGGGGGCCACUUCCUGUCUCAUGAUGCUUUUGGCCAGUCCAUCUGGUUCAUGAUGAAUGGUGCCUGAAGUCAGAGAGAUAAGUCCUUGGUUGCCCUAUUGUACAAAGAUGCUUGCCUUUUCCAAUUGUUGGCCAUUUUUUUUUAUGUGUGUUGCCCUUUCCUUGCUGGUUGCAGAAGGUCUCGUGUCAUUUGCAACACUGUUUUGUUCUGAUGUCCCAUCAGUGCCUAUGCUGGGCUGGUCCAGCAAACUUGCAAGGGGGUAUUUUUCUGUGCCAAGAAGGCUAACCAGGAGUCGGAGUCAUAUAACAUUUCUUUGUGUAGCAUUUUAUUUUAGCUGUUUACACAACAGAUUUCAUCUUGCCAUUACUUUAUGGGUAUGUUGGAGAACUCUUAUUUCUUUGCAAAUGAAUUAAAGUCCUCAGAUGCAAACUGAGCCUCAUUAUCUGAAUAUACUAUGUCAGGGACACCCCAAAGAAGCCUUCAGUUUACUAAUGAUUGCCUUACUUCUUGUGUCUGACAUGUCAUCAACCUCCCAGAAAUUGUAGUAAGAAUCCAAUGUAACUUGAUAUUGUUUCUUCCAGAAAGUGAGCGACUUAACUCCAAUCUUUCCCCAUGCUCUGAUGGAUAGCUCUUAUGGAAGAAGAGUAUACUUUGUCGAUUCAUGCAUGAUCAACAAGAGUCACAUCCUUCUAUCAAGGAUCAAGUUAAUUAGAAUCAUAGAAUUGUAGAGUUGGAAGGGGCCUAUACCAACCCGCUGCUCAAUGCAGGAAUCUAAAUUAAAGCAUACCUGACAGGUGUCUGUCCAGCUGCCUCUUCAAUGCCUCCAGUGUUGGAGAGCCCACCAUCUCCCUAGGUCAUUGGUUCCAUUGUUGUACCGCUCUAACCGUUAGGAAUUUUUUCCCAAUGUUCAGUUGAAAUCUGGUGUCCUGCAACUUGAGCCCAUUAUUCUGUGUCCUGCGCUCUGGGAUGAUCAAGAAAAUAUCUUGGUCCUCCUCUGUGUGGCAACCUUUUGAGUACUUGAAGAGUGCAAUAAUCUCUCCCCUCAAUCUUCUCUUCUCAAGGCCAAACAUGCCCAGUUCUUUCAGUCUCUCCUCAUGGGGCUUUGGUUGCUCAAACUGGUGGAUUCAAUGUCUUUGUCCCCUUCUGUAGAUUUUUUUGCUGUUGGGAUACUUUGAUAAGGAUGUCUGCUAACACCAGUCAUCAGCAUGGCAGUAUUUGAUCUCUACAUCAUAGUAUUGUAGCCACAUAAGCAUGCCCUGUAAUAUCUUUUAACACUCAGAAAUGUUAUUUUUUGUCUCAAGUGAUAGCACUUGAUUCCAGGUUCUUGCUGGAAUCGCUACACUCUUAAAAAUGACUGCAAAGAAUUCUCUGUCUGGACAUAACCCUGUUCAAAAUCUGAUAGGGCUCUACUCACAUAAGCAGUUAGCUGAUCCUGUGAAAGGGCUGCACCAAGGCCUUUCUCAGAUGCUUUACACUGGAGUGUUAGUUGUUUUGGCUGACAGUCCUGCAAAACCGGGGCAUUACUUAUUUCUCUAAAUUGAAAGUUUGCUGUUGUGGACCUCCCCAUUCCUACUCAACUUCCUCUCCGGUAAGUUGUCACAUUGGUUCCACAACAAUGAAGACAGAACUUGGGCCAGAAAAUUUAACAUUCCAAAAAUGUAUUACACCUCUUUCACAUCUGCUGGCGCUGGUAUGUCUCAGAUUGCCUCAGUUGUGUGAGGCUCUUCUUUCAAUCUCUGUUGAUGUCCAAUAUAUCUUACUGCUUUCUCUUUCACUUGCAUUUUUUUGCAUUCAGUUUGAUGUCUUUACAUCACUGCAGAACUACUUUUGAUUUCCUGUGGUGGCCCUGCACAUCUUCUGCAUCAUCACAUCCCUCAUCUAUUAGAAGGAUUAUCAUCUGCUGUUAUUUCACUUCCAGGUCUCAUCUGAAACAUCUCCAUAAUGGUGGACAGAUCCCUACUGAUAUAUGAAGUCAUCUGAGGUGACCAAAUGGUGUUACAAAGGGUUAGUUAGCGUCCUGUAGUCCUAAUUUAAUCUUGCAUUCCAAAAUCCAUUCUUCAUAUCACAUAGCAUAAAAUAUUCUGGCUUUUGAAAGUGUCAGGGCUAAGCCACAGGUAGCUAUCCAAGAUGAGCCAGGAACUGGGAACCAGCAGCCGAGCCAUGAGGCCGAAACACAAGCACAAUCAGAACCAAAGGGCAGGCUAGAUGCUGGAGCUAAGGACAAAGCAGGAGUCAGUAGCAAGGAGCAAUCCUGCAGUUGGAAUCAAGGAGAAGGCCCCCCAGUCAGAACCAAAGGGCAAAGCCAGAAGUCAGGAUUGAAGAAUGAAGUUGGAGCUGAAGAGGAAGCCGGAAGUCAGGCCCAAAUAACAAAGGUGAAGAAUACAUCAGAGCCGGAAAGGCCUUGUUGCUCAGCCAAAGGUGUGGUCUUCAGAAAACUGUUUAUAGCCCUUCCUAGCCAGGAGGGUCUAAUAGCCAGAGUCCAUCCAUGGCCUAAGAAUGCUUAAUUGCCUAGGCAAAUGCCCCAACCUGCAGUUCUGCCCCACGUGGGGCAACUCCACACAGAUCCGAAGGUUCCCAAUUCAAGCAACAGCAACUCUUGGCAGGAAGUCCUGGCAGUAUGUCAUCUACUGUAGAUAAUGGACUGUGGCAUCUCUCCAGUGCUUGGUUUAGCUGGGGGUGGGGGUGGGGGUUGACCAGUGCAAAGUUUGCCUGAUUACUUCUUUACCACUAAGGUGGUGUUUACUGAGGAAGUACUGGUUUCUGCUGGUGCUGGGAUGUUUCUGCUCUGGUGCUUUCCCAGUUCUCUCAUUGGAUUGUAUAAUGCAGCUGGAGUUUUUUGUGUGGCAAGCAUACUGGUCCCAUUGUUGGGUAUACCUGAAGUCACAGCUCACCAGGCAUGCGUCAUGUAUAAAAAAAUCUCCAUUGUACAUGGAAGAAGCAUUCCUUGUUUCCUGAACAAAGGCUAGAAAAUUCUGAUGCUGGACCUUGAUCUUGUCUACGGCCUCUGUUGCAGUACUCCACAACGGGUUUGUGAUCUCCUUCCACAACCACAAAUGUUGCAUUUUUGCAUUGGCUGUGUUGUGCUGUCAUUGCACAUAGUGUGUGUCUGCUGUGUUUGACAGGUGUGAUGGGCUCCAAUCCACUUUGUAGGCUCGCACUGCCAGAGGCCUCGCUAUCUAGCUGGAAAGACAGUGGCCAUUGUCCCAUCAGCAUUGUUGCAUAGAUUGCGGCUGGUGCAAUGCUUCUCUUUGCCUGUGACCCAACAGUCUGCACCAGCCAUCUUUCUGGAUUGAGAGAAAAGGUCACAAUGUCAUCAAUGCUGUCUGAUGUGCCCCCCCCCAUCUUUUGAUACAAGCCUGUCUCUAGUGGGCUUCCUUCUGCUUCUAUGCAUAUUGCUGAAGUGUUUCAGCUUGCCAUAUUCCCUGAAGCACUGCCCUAGUGCCAGCACUUCUCCUUUGCUUGUUCAUGCUGUCUCUGAGGAAGAACUUGAAUGUUGCUUUCUUCAGCUGUUGCUUCACUGCAUGUUUCUCAGAAGAUGCAGCGACUCCCAGGGCUUUCAGUUUUUCAAGUCUAGGCAUCGAUCUAGUGUCAGAUCACUUUCCCCGAACAGCCACUCUCACAGGGUCUUGUCCUAGGUGUCAUGGACUAACUUAUCCCUAAUAGAAUCUUAAAUCUUCAAAACAGGAAGUGGUGUGUGCACAAAGGAGACAAUGACCUAAGAGUCUAUACUUCUUCAGAUUGCUCUCUGGUGAAAGAACUCUCUCUACAGUUUCACUUUGUUUGGGGUGAACAAAAAAUGUCUAGGGCUCCCAGAAAUGCUGUCAGUGUAGAAUCAGUGCUGAGCUUUAGAGUGGUACACACCUCUCUGUCCCACUCCUUUAAGAGAUAAAAGAGUUACUUUUCCUGGUGUGGGCCAUCUUAUUGCAUGGCCAGAUCUGUGUACAGCUUCCAGCAGCUGCAUUGCUGAGUUAGGUUGUUGACUGUAAAAUCCAGACGUUCAGGAGGCUUCAGGCCUGCUGAAUUCUGGAGCUUGUCUGCUGUCACCAUGUUUAAGCUUAAGAUGUAGUGAUAGUAGCCAACUUAAGACAGUGUUAAAAGAGGGUUAGACAGAUUCAUGGAGGAUGAGGCUGUCAAUGACAACUAGUCAUAAUGGAUGCAUAUAUUUAUUUCAUGCCCCAACUCUGAACCAAAAGAACGGGCAGGUACCAUAACUGGCAUGCCCCAAAAGGGCAAAAAAAAUAUUUGCAUGUCCAAAUUCAUUUAAAUUUAUGUACAUUUUAAAUCUAUUGACUGACCUUUUUUAAAAAAAAUGGUUCAACAGUAACACAUCCAAUUAGGAUGGCCAAGACUGGCCAAGUGACAGUUGAGAUGAAGACACAGAAGCAGAGCGUCACCGUACAUACUUGCCUCCGGCACACAAAAAUGCACAGAACCAGACAGUAGCAGUUGCAUGUUUUGGGGAUCUCUUGGGCAAGACAACCUCAAUAUUCUCACCUUUAGUGAUUCUACCCACCACCACCUCCAUUGUUACCAGAUCCUGUUCUUCUUCCUCAUCAUUGCUGCUGUCUGCUUGCUUGUGAAGCAGAGGGCCAACGAGCAAGCCAGCAAUGGAAGCAACUUUUCACUGCUGCUGUUUGCUUCAUCGCUUCCUCCGUGCCAGAGUGAGAGUUGGGUGAACAAGCGGCCUGCAGUGGUGAGAGCUCUGGUCAGGGCCCCCCCCUGCAGGUGCCUGACCAUGCCAUCUGUUGAUGCUGGCCCAACCGGGUGUGAUAUCUCACACAAUUACAUGCAGGCCUUACAUCUCUGUUCCUGGCUUCCACCCUACCCCUCCCUCUCCUGCUGGCUAGAGGUGGCCAUGUACCCUUUGCUGACAUCACCAUUGGAAGAGUUUUAAGGGGAACACACUCACCUGGUGAAUAAGUCUUUGCAGCAAAUAUAGACAGGAUAGCUGGUAGAGCUGAGGUUGGUUUUGCUGAAGAAGUCUAGGCAGUCAGUCACAUCUCUGGGCACAUAUAGGAUGCCUGUGUGGGGUGCAGAGUUCAUGAGAGAAGCUCACACCCACUCCAAGGCUGGGAGGCGGAGGACGGUUACAUAGGACUAGUGACAUCUGGAGAUUUGCAUGUCUUCGGGCCAGCACUCAAGUUUGGGGGCCAUGCUGUCACUCAAGAGGUAACUCCACUUGUCAGCCUUUUUUGUGAUGUCGUUUGCAGAGCAUAUUGACCUGAUAAUUAUGUUUCUUGGUCCCCUUUCUCUCUCUCUGUCUCGUGUUAGGCCAAUGGGGGCACUCACAGUGCUUUUGCCCAUCACUCUGACAACUGAAAAGACUGUAGAGUGGAAUGAAUCCCCCCAUACAGCAACAACUUGUUUGCUGGAUAGACCAGUGGACAUGGCUCCUCCUACAACCACCUUUGCCAAUUUUACUCAUGAGAAAAGAGCACACAUGAAGACAAAACAUACAGGUGAAAAAAACACCAAGGUUUCGCUGUUGCUUGUGUGGCAACACUUAAAAUGGUGGUUUGAUGAGAUACACACCCAUGAAUAGGAAUACUGCCCAAGUAUGGCACUUGCCACCUCAAAACUGUUAUGAGAUCCAGCCCUACAUAGUUUGGCCUCUCCCUUCAAGGGAGUGAUCUAAGAUGUCUGGAAAGGACGUAGCUCAACGGCAUAGCUUCUGCUCUGCUUGCAGAGGGUUCCAGAUUCAAUUCCCAACAUACCUAGUUUGGGCUGGGAAUGGCUCUUGCCUGAAACCCCAGGGAGCUGCUGCCAGCCAGAGUAGACAGUCUUGAGCUAGAUGGACCAAUAGUUUGACUCAGUAUAAGGCAAACUCUUAUUUUCCUGGCUGCAUCAGUUAGCUUCUCCCUUCCCCUAUGCUUGUUCUCCCAUUGCUCUUGAUCUUGAAUUAGACAAGGCCACAUUUACCCUUUCCUUGAACUCGGAGACAGGGGACCCUGUGGCCUUCUAGAUGCUGUUGAAUAGCAAUUCCCACCAUCCCUGACCAUUGGUCAUGCUGGCUGGGCUGAUGGGUGUUGAGGUUCAACAGUAUCUGGAGGGCCACAGGUUCCCUAUCCUGCUCUAACCCUUGGGGCCCUUGCUGCAACCCAAACCCCAGACAUUACCUGCAAGGCAUGCAUUCAUCAGGGAGACACAGGCUCCAGUGAACAAAGCCCGCAAAACGAUGCUGGAAAAUUCACUCUUGCGAUGCGGUGCCAUGGAUGCUAGUACAGAAAGAUAGAGCUGGGUGAGCAGGAGGAUCAAGUGGCCAUAUAUGGACUUUUUUCUGAUUUGUCACAUCAGGAGGAAGCCCCCCCCCAUGUCAGCAGUGCCCUAGAUGGGGAGAACCAAGCCUAUGGCAGGCAGUCCUGGGAAGCCAUAGCAGUCUUAGCUUAGUUGGGCAGAUGUUUUUGCAAGGUGCUGAGGCUGUUACUCCUCUCAGUCUCAGAGCCUGCAUGUUCCUCACUGGGCAGCCAACUCACCCAAGCCACCCAACAUGAUCCCAAUGGAGCUCAGAUUGGCAAAUCCACACAGAGCAAAGGUGGUGAUGACCUCAGCUCUCACCUGGGGAACAAGAGAUAAUGUGAUUAGUGCUGUGAUGACGAUACAAGUAGCCCCAUCCAAUCACUCCUGUCAAAGACUACCUGCCUCUCCAUAACUGCUGAAUACAGAGCAGGGAUGUUCUCUGGGGAGAAGCAUAAACAUCCAAUUGCAACCUAAAGCAUGACUCAGGGUUAGCUAAUGCAAAGGCUCCACCUUGUUUCUGACAUCUGGCUUACCAGAUCAGGGAUACUGUCUAGAGGUUGUUGGACUCCAGCUCCUAUCAGCCCCAGCCGGCAUGGCCGGUGGUUAUGGACAAUGAGUGUUGUAGUUCAAAAAUAGAGAGCACCAAGUUGGUUGCCUCUGCAUUCAUGUAUACAGCAGCAAACGAGAGUAUACAGAUAGUUCCUUGGGGAAAAUAGUACUUUUCCAUCUUGCUUUGCUUGCCAUUAGUUUUGGAGCUGAAAGGCUGUCUCAGCUCAGUCUGUCUAGCAGCAUGUUGCACUUCAUAGACAAGAGGACGCUCUUCUUUCAAGUCUAGCAAACACUGCCCCUUUGCCUCGCUUGGACAGCUUACCUACCUCCUAAUCAUGGAUUAUCCAGGGUGGGUGGGUUCCUUCUUGAAACGGGAGAUGCCACUGAUCAGAACUCCUCAUGUGCUUUCAUUUGGGGGAGGGAGGGAGGGGCCAGCCUUGUGAUUUCUCAGGAAACAUGAAGGCAUGUCUACACUGAUGGAAAUCAAAGGGUUGGAGGAGCACCAGGUCCACUCCAAGGCUCAGACCUUGCUGUUUGCAAGAAACAGCAUGACAUGGGUCAUAAACAGCAUCCCCCAAUGAGAAGGCUACAAACAAGGAAACCAUAAAUAUCUGGCAAAUGAGGAAUAUUGGUUUCCUUCAGACAGGUUGACAGUUCUUUAGUGUGAGAAUUUAGGACAGAAGUCUAAAUGCUAUAAUGGAAAGUGCUUUCUAAUUGUGGUUGGUUGGUUUGUGUACAGCCCUUCUAGUUCCUCUCAAACCGAACCCAACCUAUAUAACUUGAUUACUUUCCUGAAUAAAUGUUGUGCUUGUUUUACUAUG